GUUCACGUUCUGUGCUUUUCUGACAAUCUGUCAAAAGUUAAUAAUAAAGUUGUGGGAGUUGUGAUUGUGAAUAGUUUAAUUCAUUGAUUUUGUAAAACAAAGAGAUCUAUUUUUUACGGAUACAAUAAAAUUUCAAAAAUGAAUAAAAUACUGUCUUUAAGAUUACGAACGUGUGUAAAUUCUGUAAGGAGGAAUUUUUGCGCACCACCUCCCAGCAACCCUAGUUCGGCUUCUGGAUCGAAUCCUAAUAUGAGUAUGGCACCAAGAUAUCAACCUACUGACUUCCAGAAGUUCAUUUUAGUAUGGACCAAAAAGUACAAAAGCAAAGAAGAAAUCCCCAAAUACGUUUCGGGUGAAAUGAUAGACAAAGCUCGCAGUCAGGCCAGGAUUAAGAUAGCUAAUGUGCUCAUGCUACUCACAGCACUUGCUAGUUUCGGAGCUAUUUUGGUGGGAAAAUCUGCAGCUAAGAGAGGUGAAUCCGUCCAUCAGUACAACCUUGACUGGCACAAAAAAUAUGAAGAAGAGUUCAAAGCAAAGGAGGCUGCUAAGGCAAAAAAUAACUAAUGUGAGAAUUGCAAUAAAUUGUGUAAAUUAUAAUAUUUAGUUGGUAGAAUUUUCUCCAACAUACUGUUUGUUUCCUGGCUUUGAAUACUAUCGUUCUUUAGCAAAUUGUGUAACUGGUUAGUGCGCCAUGUAUAAUACUGUAUAGUUAUAUUUAUUACUUGGAUAGUUUUAUUUUUCAAUAAAAGUGAAUUAUGCAAUAUAAA